ACUUAACAAAAGAAAGAGUCCAAGGUAGGCCCUUUCUUACCAUUCCACUUCAUUUCUUGGCCACAACAGUCAACUUAAUCUAAUUAAAAAGAGUUAUACCAUUCAAUUUUCCUGGAAUUUCAUUUUAGUCUUGUUUGUUCAUCACUCGUUUUCUUCUUCUUCUUCAAACCACCACAAUCUUCAUUCAGCCAAAAAGUACUACUAGUAUAAAUAGUUGAAAGAAUUAAAGGGGUGAUCCCAAAAAAACCAAAAAAAAUUUAGAAAAAAAAUGAAGAAAAUUAAGCAAGUAAAAAUGGAGAGUACAAGGAGUUUCUCAGAGCUAGUGCUAGAGCUUGUAGCAUCUGCAGAUGAAGUGGUUUCUCUAGCAAAAGACUCGGAAAUCGACACGGAAGUUUUAAGUGAGUUUGCUAUCUACAUUGAGAAGCUUUCGCCUAUCUUAGACACUCUAAGAGAAGAUAAGAUUAUCAUGGACACUCCAAGCAUAAGGUCUGCCAUAGGGUCCUUAGAAGCCGAGCUUCAACGAGCUCGUAACUGCAUUGUUAAUAGGAAUUCAUGCUCGAAUGAUCAUCGUUUCGAUGUCAUCCAACAAUUAACUCAUGAUCUUGGGAGAUCCUUAGGCCUUUUGUUGUUUGCUACCAUUGGGGUGUCCUUAGACUUAAAGGACAAACUUGGGAUUUUGCAUAAGGAGUUGAUGAAUGCUAAGUUUGAUCAUUCUUACUGUUGUUCGUCGAGUGAGAGUACUAGGGAGAUUGUUGAGGAGAUCAUGAAUGAAGAACAGAUUUACCGCGAAAAAGAAGAGAUUAUGAUCAUAGAAAGAGAGGAUGUUGCAUUACAACUUAAGUAUGGAAAUGAUGAUGAAUUUAAGAAUUCUCUUUUGGGAUUAGAGAUAAUGAUUAGGGAUAAAAUCGUUGAUUGCGAGUGGAUUACUGAUGAAGGUAUAAUCCCCAUUUUGUUUAAUCGAAUGGGUUCGAGCAAAUGUAUUGAUAGAUUAAGUAUAAUCAAGGUGCUCAGAAGCAUUGCACAUGAAAAUCCUCGAACCAAGGAAAAAAUGGCAGAUAUUAAUUCCCUAACAACAUUGGUGAAGUCCUUGGCUAGAGAUGAGAUGGAACGAAGAGAAGCAGUUGGAUUGCUGAUGGAUCUUUCUCAGCUAUCUUCAGUUCGACGAAGAGUUGGGAGGAUCCAAGGGUGUAUAAUUAUGUUGGUGGCUAUAUUAAACGGGAGUGAUCCAAUUUCAUCAAAUGAUGCAGGGAAAUUAUUAGCUGGUCUCUCAUGUAAUACUCAAAAUGCUCUUCUUAUGGCUGAGGCUGGCUAUUUUCAUCCUCUAAUCCAGCAUCUUAAGGAAGGUUCAGAAAUGAGUAAAAUUCUAAUGGCAACUGCACUUUCAAGAAUGGUAUUGACAGAAAAAUCUCGAGCCUCACUUGGAGAAGACGGUGCAAUUCAACCAUUAAUCAUCAUGUUUAAGACAGGAAAGCUUGAAGCAAAGCUUUCAGCCUUAAAUGCUUUACAAAAUCUUUCCCUCACAACCAAAAAUAUAUCGUACAUAGUUGAUUCCGGUGUCCUCCCUCCUCUGCUUCAGCUCCUUUUCUCUGUUACUUCUUCUCUCAUGAGCCUCCGGGAACCUGCAUCUGCUAUCCUUGCAACCAUAUCAUGUUCGGAUUCUGUUCUUGAACAUAGAGAUUUGCCUGAUCAACUUCUGUCACUUGUAAACUUGUCUAGUCCAAAAAUCAAGUGCAAUAUCCUUCUAGCUUUAAACAACAUUCUUUCUCAGCCUGGUGCAGCUGAAGUUACAAGCAAAACAACCCAAAAUGGUGCUAUGCAGCUUUUGAUUCCUCUUAUCAAUGAAACCGACACCAAAAUAAGAGUGGCAGCCUUGGAUCUUUUAUUUACCAUAUCGAAUAAUGUAUCCAUUGAAGAAAGUUAUCUUCCAAACAUAGUGAAUAUAAUCUCAUCUUCAUCGUCAGAGGCUGAAAAGGCAGCUGCAAUUGGUUUGUUGAGCAACAUUCCUCUUUCUGAUAAAAAGGCAACUGAUAUACUCAAAGGGAUGAAUUUGUUGCCUAUGCUAGUCUCGUUAAUUGGUUCUUUGAGAUCUUCAAGUUCAACCACCACUGCUCAAUGUUUAGAAGAAAGUAUUGCAAGUGUUUUUAUCAGGUUUACACUACCUUCAGACAAGAAACUACAAGUCUAUGCAGCAGAAAUGGGAGUUAUACCUAUUCUAAUAAAGAUCCUCUCACAUGGAUCAAUUAAAGCCAAAUCAAGAGCUGCAACAUCGCUAACUCAGCUAUCACAAAAUACCCUUUCCUCUAAAAGGGUUAGGAAUUUGAGGUGGGGUUAUUGUGUUCCUACGCCUACUGCAGAUGGAUUCUGUGAAAUCCACAGUGGAUAUUGCAGUGUGAAAGGAAACUUUUGCCUAGUAAAAGCUGGUGCUAUUCCUCUUCUGAUCCGUAUUUUGGAGGGAGAUGAAAGAGAAGCUGAUGAAACAGUGUUAAAAACCAUUGCCACUCUACUGCAGGAUGAAAUUUGGGAAGAUGGAAGCAAUUUCAUAGCUAAAAUAUCAAGUGGAGUGGAGGCUGUUAUUAGGGUGUUAGAAGUAGGAAGUGUAAAGGCUAAGGAAACGGCACUAUGGAUAUUGGAUAGAGUUCUUCGGAUUGAAGAAUUUAGAUCGAAGUAUGGAGGUUCAACUCAAGUGUUGUUAAUCGAUCUUGCUCACAAAGGGGAGCCUUCUUUGAGACCCCUGGUGGCUAACAUAUUGAUGCAGCUUGAAUUGUUACAAGAUCAAUCCAGCUACUUCUAGUCAUAUUUUUUGAUAGGAUACAUUAUAUAAUAUUUUGCUCUUUAUUACUCCUGUAUAACUGUUUUUUAAUGCAGUAGAUUGGAUCAUUUAGGCUUGUGAGCAUAUAUAAUAGAGGAAAUGUAAGGAAAGAUAUAUAUCGAUGGAUGUAAAUAAUGUGUACACUGUAAUGCAUAAGCACAAGCAUGCAAUAGUUGAGCAUGCACACGAAAUCAGUUGUAUGAAAGAAAAUGAAACGAUUUGGAACCUUUCAUUAAAAUUUUACUAA